CUCAGAAGUGUAACUUGGCACGUUAGAAACGUAGAUUGCAGUGUCAGGGAACUUACACAGAGGUGGCAAUAGCCAGCUCUUUGCUUUGCAUUUGCUCUGCUCACCACAAACACCAUCAAUCAAACAAUUAACUUCACUGCUUCAAACUAAGUAAUCCAUUCCAUUCUCUCUCCCCCAUCUUCAACUUCAAAAUCAAAGUCAUACCUUUUUUUCAAAUGCACAUAGUGACAUAGGUGAUGAGAGAUAUUCAAUAUGCAGUUAGCUGAGGACCUAUUCUAAGCUAUGACAAAUCAAGGCUUUCCCAACUGGGUAUCCUUCAAAUGCUGCAUUUGUUUGAAACUUGAGUCUAAUUUUGGGAACCAGCAUUGGAUCAAGAAAAUUUGAUGAUUAGCAUAGGAACUAUAAACUCUUAACCAUGAAGAAGAACUAUUACUGGUUUAAAGAAAUUUCUCACAAUGUGAGGUCAGGGAGAAGGCUCUCUCUAGGGGAGUACAAACAAGCAGUGUCAUGGUCUAAGUAUCUGGUGUCCUCAGGGGCAGCUAUAAAGGGAGAAGGAGAAGAGGAUUGGAGUGCAGAUUUGUCUCAGUUGUUUAUUGGGUCCAAAUUUGCUUCUGGAAGACAUAGCAGGGUCUACAGAGGAAUCUACAAGCACAUGGAUGUGGCGAUUAAGCUUGCAAGUCAACCAGAGGAGGAUGAGGAGUUGGCUGUUUUGCUUGACAAGCAGUUUACUUCAGAGGUUGCUUUGCUGUUUCGGUUGCAUCAUCCAAAUAUCAUAACUUUUGUUGCAGCUUGCAAAAAACCUCCUGUGUUCUGCAUAAUCACUGAAUACAUGGCUGGGGGCUCAUUGGGAAAAUACCUGCAUCAGCAAGAACCACAUUCAGUUCCUCACAAACUAGUUCUGAAAUUAGCCUUAGACAUUGCAAGGGGAAUGCAAUUUCUUCAUUCUCAAGGCAUACUUCACAGGGACCUCAAAUCAGAAAAUCUGCUGUUGGGUGAGGAUAUGUGUGUGAAAGUGGCAGAUUUUGGGAUCUCUUGCUUAGAAUCCCAAUGUGGCAGUGUUAAAGGAUUCACAGGGACUUACCGUUGGAUGGCACCUGAAAUGAUCAAAGAAAAGCAUCACACCAAGAAAGUAGAUGUCUAUAGUUUCGCCAUAGUUCUAUGGGAGCUUUUAACUGGAUUGACACCAUUUGACAACAUGACACCAGAACAAGCAGCAUAUGCAGUCACCCACAAGAAUGCAAGGCCUCAGUUACCAUCUGACUGUCCACUGGCAUUUAGUCAUCUCAUCAACAGAUGUUGGUCAAGCAAUCCAAAUAAAAGGCCACAUUUUGAUGAGAUAGUUUCAAUUUUGGAGAACUAUACAGAAUCACUUGAGCAGGAUCCAGAAUUUUUCUCCACUUAUAAACCACGUCAAAGUAAUCUAAUUCUGAGAUGCUUACCAAAAUGUGGUGAUGUUGGCCAUAACUCUGCUUCCACUGCUUAGGUUUCUCUUUUCAAUCAUCUCACAUGAAGUGUAGUAUUAUAUAUUCCAAUUAAUCCUAAGAACCAAAACUGUGUUUGAUCAAUAUGUAUAAUCCUCCUUUCCAAAAAAAAAAUGUAUAAUCCUCUCCUGAAUUGAUCUCUAUUUUAGGGGUUUGGUAACUGAUUAAGAAAUAAAGAGUAAAAAAUAUGUAUUGGAAAAUUGAUGUGUUUAACAUAUUAGUAAUUUUAAGGA